GAGAUUAUUUUGUAAUCUUGUCGAACGAGCUUGAUUUGAGUAAGAAGCCAGUCAAUCCGUUGCCUUUUGCCACAUUAAACAAAUCCAACAAUCAACUCUCGACUCGUCCUUCUAAAUUCUGCUUUUCUCUUCUGUUCCUUCUCCCGUGUUCUCUCUUUCGCUCUCUCUCCCUCUCUCUCUAAAAGUUCUCCCUAAGUUAUGGCCGAUGCCUAUUGGAGAUACGGCGACGCACGGCAGCAGCAACAGCAGGCCAUACCUACUCUCGUCGGAAAACGCCCUCGCUCCGACUAUGAUGUCCCUGGUGGCAAUGAGCUGCCCAAUUACUAUCCCCGUGAUGAUGACCGAGCAGCUCUCCGUGCAAUUAGAGAUUCAGAGUCUAUUGGAGCAUCCUAUGAUCGAUACCUGCGUAGCACGCCUAUGUCGUCCUACAGUGGAGGACAGUCUGCUAGACCAAUUAGUGGAGUGCCUAGUCGUCCUGUUGAUGAUCCACGUGUUGUAGGUGUUGGGAGCCUGGAUCCAGGGGCUACUGUAAAAGAUAGGACAAUGGGAUUGGGAAGUGGAAGAUCUGAGGCCCCUCUUCCUCCUGAUGCUACUAGUACACUGUUUGUAGAGGGCUUGCCAUCUGAUUGUACACGACGGGAGGUGUCACAUAUCUUUCGCCCUUUUGUUGGCUACAAAGAAGUGAGACUUGUGAGCAAGGAGUCAAGGCGUCCAGGAGGAGAUCCACUGGUACUCUGUUUUGUUGACUUUUUGAGUCCUGCCCAUGCUGCCACUGCGAUGGAUGCCUUGCAAGGUUAUAAAUUUGACGAGCAUGACCGUGACUCAGUCCAUUUAAGGUUGCAAUUUGCUCGCUACCCUGGUGCAAGGUCAGGUGGCGGGCAUCGUGGCAAACGUUAAAAUAAAUAAUGUGGCUGCGCAGGAUUUGCGCAAACCGGGGAGGUUAUGAUAAUUGGGAUGAUUCAAUGGUGUUGCAGUUACAAGAAUUACACAAAUCUCUGAAUGGGCACUUUCUUUAGGACGAAAUUGAAUUUUGUGUUUUUCAGUAAUUAUAGGGCAAUUACUGGAGACUGAUAGAGUGUGCUUUUCUGUUAGAAAACUGCCAACUUUAUUUUCUUCAGAUUACUUAAAGACUGUCCAUAUGCAUUUUGGAAGAUGCUGAUAAAUUUAUUUCUAGAUGAGCAUAGUGAA